AUGGCCUUGGAGACCAUUUGGAAGCAUGCCUGUGAGGCCCCAGAUGCGCGCGGCCUUCUUUGGUACGAUCCGUUGGAUUCGAAGCCUUUGCAGGACUGGAGCUAUCGACACGUUUGGACGACGGCCAGCCGCGCGGCGUGCCGCCUGUCCGCGGACGGGGCUUCUGCACGGAAUGUGGGAAUGUUGCUGGGAGGUGGCCCUGCACUUCCGACUUUGGAGCUGGCUGUUCUGCUGGCGAACUUGGUGUUGGUGCCCUUGGGCGAGAAUGAGCCGUUGCCCCGGCUGAGAUUCAUGUUGGAGGAUGCAGGGCCCUUCGUAGCCCUCGUCGCGGCCGUGGCCCAAGCCGCUUUGGCGCAAGAGCUGUGCGCCGUCGCAGGGUGCAGACUGAUGCUUGAUUCGGAGUUGUUCUCUCAGCAGGAGCCGAGCGCAGGUGCGCUGGCUCUGCCUGCUCUGCCUGCUCUGCCUUCUGCGGAGGAAACGGUCUCGCACAUCUUCUUUACCUCCGGGAGCACGGGCCGACCCAAGGGCUGCAUUUGCACCUUGCAAAACCUGCAGGCGUACUGCGCAGCGAAGAACGUGGUCCAUGAGGUGACGAAGGAGAGUGUGGUCUUCGUGGCGAGUGCUCAUACCUUUGACCCGUCCUUGGGCGACUUCUUGGCCACGUGGCUCCAGGGCGCUUGCGUGGCGCUGGCGCGUUGGGGUCUGCCGCUGGGACGGUCCUUGGAGGCGACCCAGGCGAGCCACGUUCAAGCGACUCCCGCCCAUUUGGCCACAGUGGAGGCUCAGCGUCAGCUGAAGUUGCGCACCGUGGCAUUGGGAGGUGAACUGAUGCCUCAGCAGCUGCUGGAGGAUUGGGCCGGGCAGGUCCGCCUACUGAACACCUACGGCGUGACGGAGUGCACCGUCUACCAGGCCGCUGCCCAGCUGCAGCUGGACAGCUCUCGGCGAGCGCUGGGGCGUCCGCUUCCGGGGAUGCAGAUGGUCCUGGCGGCGAAGAAAGGCGAUGAUCCCACCGACUGCGUGCAGGAGGGGAGUGAGGAGAUUGGAGAGCUCUGGAUCGCAGGGCCACAAGUGGGUCUGGGCUAUUCGAGGCGCCCAGAGCUGACUGUGGAGCGUUUCCACGAGCGUUUCCACCACUUGGGCCGAUGCUUUCGAAGCGGCGACCUGGCUGUGGCGAAGUGCCCGUCGGAUGCAGGCUGCGGCUGGCAACUUCUAGGUCGUCGGGAUGGCAUGGUGAAGCUUCGAGGUCGUCGAGUGGAGCUGGGGGAGAUUGAAGAGGUGCUCCUGGCUGCAGCGCCUGAGUUGUUGGUGUCCCUGGCAGCGGUGCUGGCCGAUCGCAUGCUGCUGAUCUAUUGCGUCUUACGAGGAGAUCCCUCCGAGGCGGUGCGGCGCGUGAGCUGCGCCUGGCUGCGGCGGCUCGCCGCAGAGCGCUUGCCGAAGCACAUGGUGCCAGCGCGGGUGGUGGCCAUCGAUGCGAUGCCGCUCACCACCAGUGGCAAGGUCUCGCGCAGGCAGCUGGCCGAACGGCCCCUGUCCUGGGAGGAUGCAUCAGGCGGCGCGCUGAAAGGCUCUGAGUCAGCAGAGAUGAUUGCAGCUGCUUGGCGCGAGGCCGACGCGGCCAAUGGGAAUUCAUGGGACUCCAUGUCUUUGAUGAGAUGGUGCUACAAGUCCCUUGUGCUUCGAAGCAUGGCAAACUUCUUGGCGCUCGGCGGCGAUUCCAUGGCUGCUUUGCGAGUCUGUCAGCAGUUGGCCACCAGGUGCCUGGCUGGUGCUUCAAGUGGUGAAUUUGGGGAAGAGCUUCCAGAGCCUCUGCUUCCGCUGCACUUGCUGAAUCGGCCAUGCUUGGUGGACUUUCUUCAGCAUUUGCAGAGAUCUUCUUUGGGUUCGUGGUUUUCAGAUCCUGAAGUGACGGAGGACAUGCAGGAGGAUGAAGAGGAGGAGGAGGGGGAGAAGAAAACAUUCGAUGGGGAGCUUUCUAUGUCAGAGAUUCUUCACCAUGCAGCCGGAGUUGGUGCUAUUGAAGUUGUACAAUCUUUCUUGAAGCGUGAUUCAACUACUUUGGUCUCAGCCUGUGUGGCUGGGCGGCGCACACCAUUACAUGCUGCUUGCAUGAACGGCCAUGCGGAAGUGGUGAAACUUCUGCUCGAAGCACAAGCCUCUGCGAUGGGUAUGGAUAGCAAGCAAGUGCAACCGUUGCACCUGGCAGCCCAAGGAGGGUCUUUAGAGGUGCUGGCGCUCCUGCUUGCCGCGCGUGCGAGGAUGGAUGCCACGACCAGAGAUCAACAAACUGCCUUGCACUUUGCCGCGCGAUCCGGUGCUCCUGGAGCCCUUGUGGAGGAACUUCUUGCUGCGCCCGUGUGGCGGGGCAAAGGAAAGAAAGGCCGCAGUCCUGGCGGGCAUGAGGCGCUGAAGCUGGAUGCUCGAGAUGCCUGGGGUCGUACUGCCUUGCACUGGGCGGUGGUGAAUGGCCACAGAUCAAUGGUGCUGAAGCUGCUAGAGCUAGGCGCUCAGCGCUCGGUGCGGGACGCGCAGUCGGAGACGCCCAAGGACCUCGCGGAGCGCCGGGCGCAGUGCCGCAACGCCGAGCGGCCGGGCGACCUGGGAGCCUCGGUCUUUGGUGACAUCGCUACUCUGCUGGGUGGCAGUGCAAGCACAGCGAAGACGUGA